GCGGGGCCAGCUGUGGUGAGCGGCGCGCGGGGAUGCGGCCCAUGGAGGAGCCCGGCGUGAUCCAGCGGCUGGCGCCCAAGCUGGGCAUCGUUGCGCCCGGAGUGCUCAGAAAAGCAGAAGAAUAUCUGCGACUGUCCCAGGUGAAGUGCACAGGAUUAUUGGCUCAGACGACAGCAACAAGCAAUGCGGUGAUGUGCCUGGACCUAGCAGCUGGCUAUAUGCAACACCCAGUGGACAAAAGCUACUUAGUUAAACUCUCCGGUUUGAACAAGAGGACUUACCAGAGCUGUAUGAAGUCUUUUGAGUGUUUGCUAGGUUUGAACUCCAAUCUGGGAAUCCGAGAUUUGGCUGUACAGUUCUGCUGCACAGAGGCAGUGAACACCGCUUCAAAAAUAUUACAAAGGUAUGAAUCCAGUCUCUCUGAAAUGCAGCAGACGGAUCUUGAUUUAUCAAAACCCUUGUUCACAACAGCUGCAUUGUUCACAGCCUGCAGGUGCUUGAAACUAAAAGUGGAUAAGAAGAAAAUGGUGGAUACCUCUGGGGUGAAGAAGGCAAUAUUCGAUCGGCUCUGCGGCCAGCUGGAGACAAUUGGCCAGCAGAUCAGCAGAGACUCUGCUUCACUGACUCCUCAGCCAACCCCAAGCCAGAAGACCUUGCUUGAAUGCACUGAAAAGGAGGAGGAUGAAGUUGAGACCCCUCGCAAGCGGCAGAAAAGUGAAACCGAAGCAAAACAAGAUUAUGAAGAAUGGAAAAAGAGAAUCCUGGAAAAUGCUGUUAAGGCAAAAGGGGCCAAUGUCUGACUUCAGUCUCUGGAGUGCCACCAAGAAAUGUCACUGCCUCUGUAAUAAGAUCUACAAAUCUGUGAUAAGAGGUACUUCAGUCUGCUUGCAGCUUGGGAACAGAAUCAAACCUGCCGGUCAGUGGCAGCAGGAGAAUCCUCUGACGUUGCCUCCACUUGAGACUACUUCCACAGCCAGUAUAAUUCAAUUUUUUUCCACCUACGUUAGAUUAAUUAUACUUGGACGAGAAAGCACAAGUUUAUCCUAUGGCAGAUCAUGGGGUUAAUUUCUAACAGAAUAAACCCAAAUCUUCAGAUGUCACUUUCCAUCUCUGCUCUGGGUGAUCUAUUUGUCUCCAGGAUGAGCCAGAUCUGACUGGACUCUGUUUCUCAAAGAAAGGACUCUUUCAGGUAUGCCAGAACAUUUCCUAUUCAUUGGGCUAAAAUACAGUUGGAUUUUCACAACUGUGUGCCUCCACUGUUGGAAACAAGAUCAUUGUCUAUUUACAUUGAAAAUGAGCUUUAUGGAAAAGUUGUGAAGACUACUUGUCUGCAGUAGAAGUACAAAGCUGGGUCUCAUCUGAGAAAGCUAACUGAAUAAACUCAUCUGCAUAAAGAUAGUAAUCAUAGUUCCUGUCCAUUUGUGUGGACAUCAUGAUGACACCUACCAUGGGAGUGCUGCACCAAGCAGGAACAGGUUCCAAGGCUGCGCUCUCUACACUUGUGGGUCUGGAAUCACUGUAGUUGCCCUCAGGAAGUGCAGGAUGUCAGGGUUUGUACAAAACUUCAUUUCGUGAACAUGCUGCAAAGACUAUAGUGCUUGGAUGCUAAUACACCUCAGGGGGUUGGGCAUUCCUCUGCUGUCACUGACUGAUAGGUGUGGUUCUGCACUCAGGCUGAAGUAGCCAUUGUAACAGAGCUGUGAAAAUUAGUACAAUAAAGUGAACUCCUAUGUUUCAGUCUCCUCUCCCCACCCCACGUAUAAAGGACACGAG